UCCACCCGGGAGGCGCUUGCUUUUAUUCCAACAACUCCUCUCCCCUCUGCUCCCAAUGAGGAGGUACCCAUGCCAUUUCUUAUCCCCCUAUCACCCAAUGAUGCUUAGCUCGCCUUUGAACAGUUCAGAUCCGGCUUUCUAGUGUGGACGAGCAAGUGGAAUCUUAAAAAAAGCCCUGCGCUCCUGCCAAGGUUCAGUUUUCCACCCGUUCCGGAUAGGACCUACCAUGCGGAGCCUUUUAUGUCUUCUUUUCCUGUUCAAAAUUCUAGUCUCUGGUUUUGCUGCCUCCCUCCAUAGCCAGUCUGACCAGCAACUGACUCAGGAAGUGUUCCUGGAUGCCUCGUCUGCACAUAGAUUCUUGGGUCGUAAGAUUCUUUAUAACCACUGGGAUCUUGAGCUGAUUGUGCCAGACAGCUUGGAGCGUGAGUGCAUAGAAGAAGUUUGCAACUAUGAAGAAGCUCGGGAAGUCUUUGAAGACAACUUAAAAACAGAAAAAUUUUGGGAGAGCUAUCCACACAAUGGAAGAGGAGGAGCGAGAACCCCAGGAGUGGAUGUGGCAGGCCUGGUGGCUGGCCUUGUUGCAGCUUUGGUGUCUACUGUCAUGUUUAUAAUUGUGGCCAUGUAUUGUGUCAAAUACCGUGCUAAAGAGAGAAAUCGAUCCAGAAGAAUUCAGGAAAAUUUGUAUCCAGGGAUUCCCCUUGCCAACUUUGAUGAUGAGCCAAAGCCAGAAUCUGCACCCGGGCUUCCUUCUUAUGAGCAAGCAAUGGCAUCUCCAGGGGUGCAUGACGCACCACCCCCACCUUACAACAGGAAUAACACCAAUUUGACUCCACCAACCUGAGUUUUCAACAGCAAGAUAAAUAUUCUUGGAAUACCUAUUGGCCUCCCUCAUCUGUAGAAAAGACACUGUGAACACACAUGCAUCAAAGCCAAGGCAGGGAGCACAAAUGUAAACAUGUGACAUUGAAGCAGACAAUCGAUGCAUAUUGGAUAUGAAUGUGCAGUAUAUAGAGAUUGUUAUGUGUGUGUCAAGUGUUCAGAAGAGGAUAUUGCAGCAUGUUUUGGCUGAGAAAUUAAAAUCUAAAAUUGCAAAUGCACGUAUUAGAACUGGUAUCACUAGGUUAACAUGAAAGUGAAGUGCCAAACUGCACAGGUUUCCUCCCCCGUUUCUUUUUCCUCUUCUUCCACUCACCUUAUGAAUGAGGUUUUUAUAACUCUCUUUUCUAUCAUGCUAUGAUUAUACAGGGAUUGAGGAUAAACGAAAAUUGUUGUCAUUUGAAGAUAAACAUGAUUGAUUGUGCCAGAUUAAUUAAUGUAACAGGAACUCCAAGCUGGAGCGAGAAAUCUUAUAGCUCAAGACAGAGAUUCGGUUUGGGGAAACUGCUCUGAAUUAUGCAAGCUCAGAGAUUUAUUCAGGUGCAGAAAAUAGCGAUGUUAUAGAUUGUCUCCCGUAAUUGGCAUGCAGCAUAAAGACUGGAUUGGCUAGCUUGAAAUAUUCAUUGGUAGCGUCAUCGCGUUUUGCCCCUGCUUGUUCCAGAGAGUAGCAUUUGCUAUGGCUACUGGCUUAGCUAUAGCUAAAUUCAUGAUCUAGAGAAUGUACUCGUCCAGUUCUAAGAACGCAGAACGUACAAGAAGUUGACUUAUACCAGAUCAGGUUAUUUUACCACCUGGUCCAGUGUUAUUGCCUGACUCGCAUCUGCUGUGCAGGACCUCAGCAGUGAAAGGCUUCUCCCAUCGCAGCUGCCUGACCCAUUUAAAAAUUUGUUCUGGGUUAAGCCUGAUCUUACCUUCAUACAAAGCAGGUUCUCCACCUCUGUUCCCCUCCUACCCAUAAAGGCAGGCAGGCCCAUCCAUGCUUCCAGACUGAUCCUGAGAAUUUUAUUGGGGAAAGCAGAUCUGCAACGCAAAUUGGACAGUAGCAUAGGUAUUUCUAGACAAGUAGGAAAAGUAACAAAUAAACAGAUACUGAUUUAGUUAGAGGUGGAGAGCAAAUAAGAAAUUCCAAAUCAAUUGCAGAAAAUAUGUACACCUCUGCAGCGAAGUAAGCAUAUAAGAGAGAGAGCAAAACAUGUUUACAUACACUUCUAAGAACUAUAUUGCACAGCUCUCCAUGGCGCAAGAUGAGAAUGAAGUGAGAAUGAUGGCAUAGUUGGACAAAACCCAUCUAUAUGCACAGAUGUUAAACUCAUAUCUGUCCUGCCCUUCCACUUGUCAUGAAAUAUUGUUUGCUUGGCUCUGAGCACAAUAGAGGGAACACUCCAUCGUAGCUGUAAGGAAGGGGAAGCAGUUUGCUGAGCAUUGGUGAACAAUCAUGUGGCCAAUUAACUGAGUAGUCUGUGGAUCUUUUAACAUGAUUUGUAUGGAAAAUAAAUUUUAAAAAGCAGUU